AACUAACAAGUGGGGGUGGGUUGUCAGAGGGUGCGACUGGAGCAAAGGAGAUAUACACAUUUUGCAAAACAAACUCCUGGGGGUCUGCCUAGUUUUGGGGAGGGACAAAAUGCGAGGGAACAGGAGGACUGAACAGAAAAUAGUCCAACACAUGGAGAGGGCAUUUGGAAUAGUUGAAUGAAUGACAUAUGGGCAAGUUUGAAAGUUGACAGACGAAUUGAACAAUGCGUGUUUUGCAAGUUAUUCUUUUAAAAUAUUGAUUUAGUUGGUUUUAGGGUAACGUAUCAUGAUGUAACGUGGCUAGCCAGCUACAGUAGUUGAAGACUUUGAACAGAGAACACGAUACAGUGGGACAGUGAGCGCUUUAGCUCGCAACACCUCAGUGAACUGAAGCAAGAACACUUCUCUUUCAGUUUAUCUUUACUCUUCUUUACGCUAUCGUCGAACUUGUCUUACAUUUCACAGAUAAGCUUGUUGCUAACGGUUUGAUAACUGUCAAGUUUAACUUUUGUGGUUGUUGGACAUGGUUUUCAAUAACAGCUAGCUAGCUAAAAAGUUAGUCAGCCAUCAUUCAUUUGUAUUUUUCAACGUUGGACGGGACUGAAUGUUCACCUUUGGGAUACUUAACGUUACUGUCAGUAAACAGCAACAAGACAACAUCAAAGUUGUAUUUUAAACAAGAGACAAUAUGCAAAAGUUCAACUCGACACACACUAGUACUCUUCCUCGGGACGCUGAGCUUCAGCAGCGUUUAGCCGACAACGGGGGAGCCGGGGAGGCGAUGAAGGAAAACGGCGCUGGGAAGAAUCACAUCCUUGCAGAACCUGCAGACAGUUCACUCUGUACCAAGAGAAAGAUGCUGGUCGUCUUGGAUGUUUUCUGUCUGUUUGUAGCCUCCAUCCCGUUCUUUGCGUGUGAGCUGAAGGCGGUGACUCCAUACCAGAGGGGUUUCUUCUGUGGGGACCAGAGCAUCACCUACCCCUACCUGGAGAGAGAGGCCAUCCCUGACGCACUGCUCAUCGCUGGGGGCAUCGUCAUCACUGGCCUCACGAUUGCGCUGGGCGAGUGUUACCGGGUUCGAUUCCAUGAGGUGCAAUCGCGGGCCUUCGUGCGCAACCGCUACGUGUCCUGCCUCUACAAGGAGCUGGGCAGCUUCCUGUUCGGCUGCUGUGUGGGCCAAUCAUUGACCAACAUGGCCAAGCUGAGCGUGGGGCGCCUGCGACCUAACUUCCUGUCGGUGUGCAACGUGACAUACGCCUCGCUCAACUGCGUCCCCGGCUCCUACGUGGCCCAGGUCACCUGCAGGCAGCCCGAACACAAGAUGGUGGAGGAGGCCAGGAAGUCCUUUUUCUCUGGCCAUUCCUCUUUUGCCAUGUACACCAUGCUCUACCUGGCGUUCUACCUGCAGGCGCGGUUGUCAUGGCGAGGGGCUCGUCUGCUGCGCCCGCUGCUGCAGUUCCUGCUGGUGAUGAUAGCCGUGUACACCGGGCUGAGCCGCAUCUCCGACUACCGCCACCACCCCACCGACGUGAUCACCGGCUUCAUCCAGGGAGGCCUCACCGCCUACUGGGUGGCCUUCUAUAUUUCCUCCAUGUUUAAGAACAACCGUCCAGACCUGUCUCCCACCAGCAUGUCUCUGGAGAGCCCCCUGUCCAGCCAACAGACCGUCUGCUAGCACCACCUGCCCCAACACACCCCUCCUCACCUACCUGGACAGAUGGGGGAUGGGAGAAAAGACAGAAAGAGAGAGAGAGGGAGAGACAGUCAGAUAGCAGAGGUGAGCAGCACAUGGAGGGACAGGGAGGGAGAGAAGGUGUGUGAAAGGGAAGGGGGAUGAGAUAAGAGGUAGAGCAGGUAAAGAGCGUUCUAGCAAGUACACACAUGCUCUGAUGAAUACGUCAAGACACGCAUGCACACGCAGUGCCACCUCUCUCACUAACACCCACUACUAUCUAACACACACACACACACACACCAAAUCACUGUAGAGUACAACCCGUCCACAUGGAGAUAUGCAUAGUAAUUUUACAGAUAUUUUUGUAUAUGAAAAAUGACAAAUGUUUCUAUUUUUCAAAUGAGAGUCGUAGAUGAAGCUGCUAAUGAUAAUGAUUUUUUUCCUGUUCUAAGUAGAAUAUGUUUUAUAUGUGAUGGUGGUUAGUGGGCAGUGCAUUAGGUUAGCUCUCACAAACACACGGUCAGUCAGUGUCUCUAAAUUAUCUUCAUUGGUCGUCACUUCGUUGGUCAUCCUCUGACCAGCCUGGAUGAUGACAUCAUCAGCUGGACUCCACUUCUUCAGCUUGACGUCCCCUGACUAUAAUUCUGUUGAUGUCUCAUUGUGUGAAAGGAGACAGUCAGAACUGAACUGUUAUUUCAGACCUCUACAUGGAACAACAGCGCUGCAUGGGGUGACAAACCCUCUCAACCAAUAAGGAACAAGCACUGGCCUCGUGUGCCCUCUUUACCAGUACCCUCUCCAUCCUUCACCCUCUAACUACACAGCAACUAGUAGAGGAUGUCAUGGACAAAGACAAAAGAGAACACUUUGUAUUAAACCAAGUAUCUUAUCUUAACUUCAGUUACCCAGGAGUGAUAGGGUGGAAAUCUGCUUUGCCCAGGUUACGUCCCCUCCCCUUCACUCCAUGUCUGUACUCUGUACUAACCACUUAUUACUGUGUCUCAGAGGCGGAGCUAUGACUGAACCCUGUAACAUUUGACCUAUUACUCUGACCUCUGAGCUGCACCUUGAGUUAUGCCACUCUCACAGGGGAGCCAAAAUGGCUGCCUCGUGUUGCCUAUGGCAGAGGUCCCCUGUAUAUUCCUAUUAAUAGCACUUGAACUACAUAAUGGAACCUACUCUGAUAGUAUAAUUUAUAUUAUAUAUAUUUUAUCUCAAGUUUGAAUAAUCAGUGUUUUAUUUCUCUUAAUAUGUCACUCUCAUACGGUAUAUGUUUUAGUUUUUUCCCAAAUGAUAAUUAUUCAAAUUGAAUGUAAAUAGAUAUGUCCUUUUUAUAAACCACACAGAAUUUCAAAAGUAUUAUUAGUGCCAUUUUUGGACCGUUUUUUUCACGUUUAUGUGUUAUGUGUCUGUGUUGUUGAUCAGGUACACAGAGUUGUUGUUAUUGUCAUAACGACUAGACUGAGCCAGAGCUAUUAUCAGAAAGCUAUUUCUUGUUUCCAGUUUUGUGUUUUUUGUUUUCUCUGUGAAUGCCAGAAUGGCUGAAAAUAACCACUGUACUCAAAAAACCAAACCAAUAAAAUGAAUGUUGAAUCUUU